GUACGUCAUCAGUACGCGACAAAACAAUUAUUGACACCAGAAGCGAACAAUAAUCUGCUCUUUUUCUUUCGUGGUUUCUUUUAAAUCCCACCAGCAUGGCCCCACAUAAGACCAUCCCCUGGUCCGUGAGCGAGGUAACACAGUUCCUCAUGUUGGUGUCGGACGAGAAGAUCCAACUGGAGCUGGACGGAACCAGGAACGAGAAAGUCUACCGAGAACUUGCCCAGCAAAUGGCUUCUUAUGGCUACGAGAGAACUUUCCGGCAGUGCAGAGAGAAGUUGAAGAAGAUGAAGAGCGACUACAGAGCCAUCAAGGAGAACAUCUCCAACAGGAAGGGCUGGAGAUGGUUCCCUCACAUGGACGCCAUCUACGGCCACAGGGACGCCAGAAGAGCCAGGGACGAUGGAGGUUUCCUGGAAGUCGUCAUUGAGGACGACUUGAGUCCGACGUUGGUGGAGGCGCCUAGCCCCAAAAGCGUCUCCGCCCCGCCGCCAGAAGCCACGCCCACACCAUCGCAGCCGUCCGAGGUGGAGUCUGAGGAGGAAGAUAACGUCAGCAUGGUGGCGCAGUCCACGCCCAAACGCAGACGGAAAGGCACACGCGAGUCUGAGCUAGUGGCCGUCCUCCGCCAGAUCCACUCUGCCGACCUGAGGCACCAUCAGGUGGAGGAGGCGCAGCAGGAGCGCGUCAUCCGCCUGCAGGAGCUGCAGUUCCAGCAGCGGUCUGAACACUUCCAGCUUGCCUUGGAGGAGAUGCGCCUGGCCAGAGAGAUGGAGGAGUCUCUGAGGAGGGAGCAACUGGCGGCCACCAAUGCAUUCAAUCAGGCUUUUUUAGGCAUGGUCGGCAAGCUGGUGGAACGUUCCAGUCAGCAGUGAUGUGCUACGGACACACUUUUUUGGGGUCUUUUUAUCUGCACAGUGACACAGACACUUAAUUUUUUAUUUAUAAGAAGAUGCUAGGUGGAAGAACACUCCUUGAUUGACAGCUGAUCAGGUCCUGAAAGGAGAAGAUGGAUGAAAGGAUGGUUGAGGGAAUGCAAUUCAGAAAACAAACACAAGAGGGCAGCAUCGGACUGUACAGACAAUACUGUUUUGGCUGACUGGGGUGUCCUGGGGUGUUGGCCUGAUUGGUUCUGAAAAGUAGAGCAAAAAGUUACAAUUUAAAGAGAAAAAGCUGAAAUGAUGAGACUAAUAACUAAUAAUAGCAAAGCUUUGUCUUUAUUUUACAUCCCCCCCCCAAAGUGCACCGUACCUAUACCCCAUAUGCUCUGGGAAAAGUUUGGACACCCCUGCGCUGUGAAGGCAACGCUGAUUUUCAUUCAUUACUUGAGUUAACCUUUAUUGGUCCUUCGCUGGCCUUUUAUUCAUGUUUUUUUCAUUCCGUAUGCAAUCCCAUGAGAGCCAAUACAAUACAAAAAUUCUGCCUUGACAAAGAUGAUAAUGUUAACAGAAAGUUAUUAAUCCAACCAUAUGUUUAUUAUUGUGCUUGUUUCCAAUGUUUUGUCACACACGUAGCAAGAUAAGGUCCCGUCAAUCAAAAGUAAAAAAGCAAACAUUAUCUUUGUCAUGGCAGCAUUUUUACUAUUGGCUGGGAUUAGAUUGUGUACCUAAUGAAAUGACCAGUGAGUGUUCAGUGAAUGUGUGUUAUUUCACCACAUCUUUAUGUUUAUCCCUUAGGCCAAAGUUGUUGUUUUUUAAAGUAAACGAAUGGAAAGAAAUCAAACUUUUAAACAUGUAAAGCAGUUCGUAUACAAGUGAGUUUACGCUUGGAAAAAAAGCAACAUGCACAAAUACGCUAGAUAUGAUGUGUCCACCAGGGGGCGGCACAGAGCAAAGUGAAGGUGAGUCCACCAGAGGGCAGCAGAGAACAAAGGCGCGCAUCAAAUGUAGAAUUCCUGGUCGUCCUCAUCAUCAUCCUGUGUACAUUUCUCUGCAGGUGUUUGGUGGUCCUCAUCGUUGUUCGUGGAGUCGUCACUGAGGGGCUGACACACUGUCGGAGAGUCCUUCGUCCCGGCAGAGACAUGUGUCCGUCCAAAUGUGGCCACCUUCAGGUUAUUCUCAGCAAUGUGUUCCGGUGGCGCCGGUGGAGGCCGUGAAGCCUCGAGGGCAGUUUGGACGUACGCAGACACCACAGUGAGGUCCACGCCGCCCGCUUGGACUUUAUUCCCCGUGUCCACGUCCGUCUCCUCGGCACCGAAGAGAGCGUCCACGUUGAGCCGGAAGGGCGGGAUGAGGGAGGAGCACCUCUGCUGACGGGGGCUAGCUGGAGAGGGGCCCGGCGAGGAGCAGGUGGAGCUGGACGAGCCCAGGUUGGGCAGAGAGAAGAGGGAGUUGGAGCGCUGGCCCCUCCCCCUGGACGGGUGGCACCAGUCGCGCCAGAACCACUCCCCGCCCCCCUCGUCUUCCUCACAGCAGAGCGGGAGAGAGCACACCGACACCUGGUGAUGGUGGACUCUGGGACGGGAUGUGCUCCUAUGAUGAUGACGAUGUCGGUGGCUCCUGUAGGAGGCGGAGCUCCAGGUAAAAGCGGGCUGAGCCAAGGAAGAGUCAGCAAUGUGGGUGGGAUCAUGUCUGAGUUUGAAGUGGACGCCUUGGACCUGGCAAAGAAAGAUUAGCAAGUUACUGGAGCAGAGACCCACAGCAAGGCCACACAAUUCCAAUCUGGAUCAGCACCACAUUGGACGGGUGUGUGAACGCUUUAAAGAAACUCAGACCACUUUCACUUAAAGGUGCUAUUCCUCCUUGGCUCCAAAUGACACUCUUUCCACCCCAAAAUAUAAAGCAUCACCACUGGCGAUCACAGGGGUGGCCAAAGUGCGGCCUGGGGGCCAGUUGUGGCCUGCAGCUGUUUUUUUACUGGCCCCCCUGCACAUUUCAAACUAAAGAAAAGAACCACAAAAAUCAAAAAAGAGAAACAAAUUUGAAUUCUAACAAGACAAAGUCUUAGAAUAACGUAUUAUCUGGAAAAACAACAUCAUUUUAGUCGUAUAAAGUUAAAGCAAUAUUCAAGAAAAAAGCAAAACAGCAAGUAAAGUCAUUUUUGUAAAGGAAAAAAUUACAUUAUGAGAACAAAGUCAAAAUAGUAAGAAAAAAAUAUUUUAACAAUAAAAAAGUUGCAGUUUUACAAGAAUACAUUUGUAAUAUUUAGAGGAAAACGUAAAAACACUUUAGUGGCUCCUAAGCCGCUUAUCCUCAUUCGGGUUGUGAGGGUAUGCUGGAGCCUACGCCAGCUGCCUUUGGGCGACAGGCAGGGUACACCUGGACCAUGCUAACCACUUGGCCACCGUGCGGCCCCCAACUCGUAACAUUACGAGGAAAAAUAAUGUCAUUUUAGUAGCACAGAGUUGAAAUAUUAAAGACAAAAUACGUUAUUUUGUCGGAAUAUCAUGAGGAAAAAACAAAAUGAAGUUGUCAUUUUUGGAAAAUUAGGUUGGGGAAAAAGUUUGAAUAUUAUGGGAAUAAGUCAUAAUAUUACAAGAAGAAAGUUGAAAAAAAAACAGUAAAAAUGGUGGGAAAAGAGCACUGAAGUUCAUACCAAUAAUUUGCUGUUUCCACGUAUUUCACAAAGCUGCAUUCUCCAUUGUGCCAAUAGGCACCAGCCCGUCGUGUGCAUGUACAUAACCCACAUAACCCCGCUGUCUCAAUCUUCCUGAUUUCUUCUUGUUUUUCGUCACACUGAAAUGUUUGAGAUCAUCAAACAAAUGUAAAUAUUAGUCAAUGACAACACAACAACACAACAUGCACUUUUGACAUGGUUUUUUAUUAAGUACCUACAUGGCACUGUGUGGAAAAGGUCAUUGCCCCCACCUGUUAAAACAUAACUUAACUGAGAUGAAUGGAGAUCUAUCAGUGUGGGAAAGGUUAUAAAGCCAUUUCUAAAGCUCUGGGACUCCAGCAAACCACAGUGAGAGCCAUUACCCACAAAUGGCCAAAACAUAGAACAGUAGUAAACCUUCCCAGGAGUGGCCGGCCAACCAAAAUGACCCCAAGAGCGCAGCAGCGACUCAUCCGAGAGGUCACAAAAGACCCCUCGGUUAAGGUCAGUGUUCAUGACUCCACCCGAUGCAGAUUGAUUGCAGUUGUUGCUGCUAAGGAUGACCCAAGCAGUUGUCUCUCCCUAAAUAAUAAAGAGUUUCAUGUAAAAAGUGCUUGUUGUGUAGUCAUUGACUAAUAUUUACAUUUGAUGAUCUCAAACAUUGAAGUGGGACAAACAUGCACAAAAAUGAGAAAUCACUUUUUCACACCACUGUAGACAUGUUCAAGAAAAUGCACGGGUGGCUCAUUGCUCCUUUCCCAAACAAUUAAAGAGAUGGGGUGUCCAAAGUGCGGCGCGGACGACAUUUAUGGGCAGCGGCUGUUUUUUGAAAAAAUGGUUUUAUUGGCCCUGUGCACUUUCUAAAAAUGAAAGUAAACCGCAAAAAAAAAAACCCAACAGCAGUAGUUUUACACGAAUAAAGAUGAAAUGUUAAGAGGAUGAAGUCAUAAUAUUAAAAGAAAAAAUAGCAUAAAACUGAAAACUUGAAGGAAAAAAAAGGCAUCAUAUGAGACGCAAACAAAACAAUGAAGAACGCUGCAUUUUUUUUUGCAAAAUUAGGUUGGGAACAGUUACUACUUUAUAAUGAAGUCCAACUACUAUACAGUAACAAUACAGUAAAGUCAGAAUAUUAGGAGAAGAAAUGUACAAGUUGAAAUAUUUGUAAAAAUACAAGAAAACAAGUGUCAUGUAAGGACAAAAAGUUGAAACUAGUCAUACGUGCUCUGUCACCGAAAACACACGGCUGAGAUAAAGGCUGUUUCUUUCUUGACUGUAAAUCUAAAGUAAUGUACACGUUAUCAUCACGGUGAGAUGAAACAUACUUGGAAAGAUAAUACACGAGGUCCCCAACUUACGAACACAAUUGGUUCCAGACGACCGUUCUUAAGUGGAAUCGUUCUUAAGUAGGGAAAAGGUAAUAUUACCAAUGAUAUAUGUAGGUACUACAUGUACGUGUAUACAUAUACAGUAUAUGUGUAUGUAUGGAAAUAUGAGUUUGGAUGCAGUAGUAAUAUUAAACCAGGAUAAUUGAUGGAAAAAACAAUAUUAAAAGUGAUAUAAUAAUACGUAAUGAUAAAUGUUAUUUACCUUUGAAGAGGAGUGGUCGAGCAUACGUCGUUGUGGAGGAGGAGGAGUUAUUGAAAAAGAACAAAUGGUGGUGGUUAGACUCUUCUAAAAGAGGUAGUGUUCUGUGGGUGGUGUAGAAUUAAUCAGGCCUAUUAACUCUUCAUAAACUUUAAUCACACGCUCUGUCCGGGUUGUAUCAUAAAGCUACAAAGGAGCUAAUAGCUAACAGUGUCACAGUGCCCUCUACUGGUCAAGCAUGUACAGUAGCAGUAUAAAUACUAAUUGAGCGACUACAAAAUAAUAAUAAUAAUAGUAAAAUAAAAUAAAGUAAAAUAAAAUAUAGACCAGUCGGCUUGUGUUCGUAUCCGCGAGUGUUCGCUAGUUGGGGACGAGUGUAUUUUCGAGUGUAUUUAUGUGGGUGCAUUAUAGUGGGUACAGGAACACCACCUCCACUGAGCACACACACACACACACACACACACACACACAUUGUUUAGGAGUCCCAGCAACAUCUGGAGAAGUCAUCAUGGGUGGAUCACACGUCCAAGUAGAGAAGUCUCGACUACACGUGGUGGUCUCCAACACUUGUUCUGCACAUGAAAGGCGGCCACAAGUCAGGUUGCAGUGUUCCCUGCAGGACCACAAUCUACCUGUGGCACCGGGUUGUGCACUUGAUGAUGUAAAACUCCACCAAGAAUCUGGAUUUUCAAAAACUACAAGUCAGUGUUUGCGGGUGUAAACGGGUAAAAUGGAGCUUCUUCUGGUUUGUGUCCUAAAAAUGUGUGAUAUUUGACUUUGUUGAGUGGCAGACGCGCAUGUUAAAAACAACAUUCCUGAUGUUUCCUGGGUUCUACGUGAGCCUGCUUUUGACGUUGCGUCCAACGAGAUCAAUGCGCUGAGUGGUUCAAAGCGUGGACACCAAAGAGCAGCUUGUCACGGAACAUUAGCACCUUGUUUCCCUCCAAUCCCACUAAUGGACGGCUGAUUAAUCCCAAUUGGACUUUCCAAACUAAUCUGCUGCCACCUGGACCCAGAUCCCAUCUGAAAUCGCAUGGGACAAGGGACUUUUCAGGAUAAAUACGCCGCUUAAGUCCAAAGUUGAACAAUAUGUGGCACUUUUUCUGAAGACUUUUUGCAGCAGUCCUUGGAUGAGCGUCAACAAAGGGUGCCGAGAGAAGAAGAAGACCACAGGCAGGGUGACACGUAGAGUAAGCAGACUUGCAUUCAAAGCCGUAAGACUCCGGCGUCACCGUACGCUAACUCUCUUGACAGCUUAGUUACAUAUUUAUACAGUGUUUCACUUCUUUUUACACUUGUAAGACAUUUCGAAAUGUUAAAAUGCGGCUUAAGUUACUGCCUAUACACCUAAAUAAGCUUUUAUGAUGGCCACAGUUUGACCCUGGAACAGAUUAUUUCUACUUCCCUCUUGUUUUGUUUUUAGGUUUCACUAUUAUGCACUGCUGCACUUCUUUUUACACUUGUAAGACACUUAAGAAUGUUCAAAUGUGACCUAAAACAAUAAGGGCCACAGUGUGACCCUGGAACAGAUGAUUUCUAUUUCCCUUUUGUGCGUUUUUCCAUUAAACUGUGCUUCACUUCUUUUUACACUUGUAAGACACUUAAGAAUGUUCAAAUGUGACUGACAACAUUUCAUUCAAGACCUUCUCACCUGAAGGAGGAUUUUAUUACCAUCGUAGUCUUCCGUCUGCCAGCGAACGUCACUGAUUGGACUGCACGGGUUGGGGAGGAGGGGCACCAGCGCCCCCACGUCUCGCACCCUGACCUCCAUUACAGCCGAGUCCAGAGCCGCCGGCCUUUGACCUCUGGGGAGCCUCUUGAAGGACAGCUGGAUUUCCAUGUCCGGGUUGGAGUAGACCACCAGGAAGCAGAAGUCCUGCUUCUUCUGGGCCAGCCGGCGCUGAAGCAGCAGCUUGUAGAGCCGCACUGUGUCGGCGUAGUUGUCAUGGCAACAGUACAGGGUGAAGCGCACAAUCUCCUUGCCGUAGUGCACCUGCCGCACUGCCCACAGCGGCGUGCCGGGCGCUAAGGUGAAGAAGUCCUGAGUGCUCGGCGCCAGCGGGAGCAUCCUCCGCCCGCCGCUCACCUCCUCGCUGUGAUGGUGGCGCCAGGGGGGCCGCCUGAGAGAGCGGUGCGGCUCCUCGCCGCCGCAGCCCUCCUGUAGGAACAAAAUGACCGCCAGGGCCGGCUGGGGGGCGCCCGCCUGGACGCCGCUGUGAUGCCGUUUGGGUCGGGGGUGCCGGGAGAAGCCGG